GCUGUACUUUGACUCUUGUCGUCGUUGCAAGUUGCAAAUGUGUACGCCAUUUUACCUGCUAGUAGUUUGCUUGCGUUGUGUGAUGGACAAUUUAAUGAAGUAAAUUUGGCCAUUCUUUGCCAUCGCUUUAACCAUAAACACGGUUUAAUAUAUUUACGAAGAAAUGAAUUAGAGUUUAGUGAAGUUACUGCACGAUAAACCUGAUAAGAUGACACAGUUUCUACCACCAAAUCUUCUUGCCCUCUUUGCUCCACGCGAUCCAGUACCGUUUCUGCCACCUCCAGAUAAGCUACCUCACGAGAAAAAAAAUAGAGGCUACAUAGGCGUCGGAGGGUUUCUUAAUUUUUUUGAGGAUCCAAAAGAUACCCCGCCACCAAAACGGGUGGAGACUAGAGAUGAACGCUUGGAGCGGAGACGUAGAGAGCGUGCAGAACAAGCAGCUUAUAAGUUAGAACAGGAGAUUGCUAUUUGGGAUCCCCAUGGAAUACCAACAGUAACUGCAGACCCUUUCAAGACUUUGUUUGUAGCACGAAUUAAUUAUGACACUUCUGAGUCAAAACUAAGGAGAGAAUUUGAAGUUUACGGCCCAAUUAAAAAGAUUGUCGUCAUCCACAAUACUCUGAAUGGCAAACCAAGAGGAUAUGCAUUCAUUGAAUAUGAGCACGAGAGAGACAUGCAUUCUGCGUACAAGCACGCUGAUGGGAAGAAAAUUGAUGGUCGACGCGUUCUGGUUGAUGUUGAGCGUGCUCGCACUGUCAAGGGAUGGCUACCUCGGCGACUUGGCGGCGGGCUGGGCGGCACGCGGCGCGGAGGCCCCGACGUGAACAUCAAGCACUCUGGGCGGGAGGACAACGAGCGGGAGCGGGAGCGGUACCGCCUGGAGAGGGAGCGGGAGGCUACCCGCGGGGCGGACCGCGACCGUGACAGGCGGCGGACACGCAGCAGGGAGCGGGAGCGCUUGGAGAGGGAGAAGCGUCGCAAGUCCAGGAGUCGGUCACGGGAGAGGAAGCGCAGGAGAAGCAGGGAGCGCGUGAAAGAGAAGGACCCAGACAUCGAGGAGGUCGAGCGAGAGGAGCGUCCGCCUCGGGAGCCUCGGGAGCCUCGAGAACCUCGGGAGCCACGGGAGCCACGGGAGCCUCGGGAGCCACGUGAACGUGAUCGCGACCGUGACAGGAAGAGGCGGCGCACCAGGUCUAGGGACCGUGACAGAGAAAGGGACCGUGGCGAUAGGGAUCGCAAGAGAGAGAGGAGAGAUAGAGACAAAGAUAGGGGUGAGAAAGGAGAGAGGGACAACAAGGAACGUAGGGAGCGUGUGAGAUCUGAAGAAAAGGAUGUUAGAAUUAAACAAGAGCCGCCAGAUGACUAUCCAGACUUUGCAAACCAGAACUUUGAAGAGGGUCAGUACGAAGAGACUCCAGUGAAAUAUGAAGAGGGAGGUGAAGAGCCCUUUAGACAGAAUCACGAAGGCGAGGCAAAUGGAAGAAAUUUUAAUGAGCAGUAUGGGGAGGAUUAUUGAAAGGUUUCAAGCAGUAUGUCUUGUGUUGCAAUAAUUACAUUAAUGACUUUGCUAUCCACCAUUUGGUGAUAUUUUUUCAACUACAAUGAAACACUUCUCCAUCAUUUAAUUUUCUUAAUUAUCUUUAGUGAACAUUAAUGUUGGAGUUUUCAGAAACUGUAAAAGGCUUCUUGCAUUAAUUUUUUUUUAUAAUGAUGAGUUUUUUGUACAAACUUUUGUUCCUAAAGUUUGUAUCAUAGUGUUAAAGAAAGUGACAUCUUCAAGACUUUAAAGUCAGAUAUUGGACCAAUUGUGUUUUUUUUAUGUGUAACCGUAUUAUGUUUUAGUGUUAUAGAAAACAUUUUAGGUAAUUUAAUGACAUUUUUUUACAAGAGAAGGGGGAAAGUGUAAAACUCAAUUUGUGCAAAUAUAAUGAAAUAAAACACAUUAAACAUUUGAUGGCUAGUUUAUUAAAUAAAUAAGAGUACCAUAUUUAGAAAAAAGAAGGGUCGCUCCUGCAUAUGGGUGUCACCUUCAAUUUUGAGCAAAAGAGAAUAUUAACUUUUUCACAAUAAGGGUGGCACCAUAUACCUGUCUUCACUAGAGUUUCAUGGAUUCAAGUGAAGUAUUUGUGUUCCGUGUCUAAGCUUAAUGGUGCGUAAGAAAUACAGCGCUGAUGUUGACCCUUAGUUCUUCUUUGCCUGUUUACUUCGGGAGGAUGUGAGGUGGCCCACUUCUAUCCCCCCCCCUUCCCCUCAUAUUUAUGGUCACUACAGUUCCUGCACUAUACAACAAAAAGACCAAGGAAAAGACUGCUGUUUUUUAUACAUUUGUUGCUCUUUCGUCUAUUGUAAUUUUUUUGCCCAUCCCUUUGUCACGGAGAGAGCUACUCUUGUCAGUUCCUUAUAACACCAAUGAUGGUUUCAGUUUUGUCAUGGAAUGUUCAGUUGAAAGCGUGGGAAAUCUCGUGCAAAAGCAAUAAUGAUUGGACACAUUUGUAUCAAAACCACCUGUCAAGAUUAACAUUAAUUCUAUGGGAAACAGUUCAGGGGACAUUUAUAAUGUAGGGAGGGUGGGAGAAUGGUCAACACUGUUUUGCACAAUCUCACACACUUGCUCCUUUUCUGGCCCCUCUCCUCGUCAUCUCGGUUUAGCAGACACGUCACUUUUCGGCAUCUUGACUGGUCAGGUGGCAGACACGGCACACGUACGACUGUUGAGAUAUUUUGAUUAACAAAUUAUACUUGUUGAGUUAUAUUCAUUAAAAACCCUCAAGUUAACUCGAAGUAAAAAAAUAAUUGCAUAAGGAUUGCACUAAUAUUUUUUUAAAGUAAUUAUCACCAUAAAAUGUGCAUUCCAUAUAAAUAUAGUACUUUUAUAAAACAACACAAUAUAUUUUGUCCCUAAAGUCAUGACCUUUAACUGCUUUUAUGUUUAGAUUUGUAAUUACACUUUACAAUGCAGUGUUAUUGUUUGUGGAAUGGAUAUUAUUGUAUCUUUGGAAAUCCAUGAUUCCUUUUCAGUUGUUAAAUCACUAGUUAUCACUUUUUGAAAAAAACUGGCAUGUUUAGUAAGUUAAUGCAAAAAAAAAAAGCUACUUUUUGUGUACGUUCAAUUUUGUGCAAGAUUAUAAAAUGUGGGUGGAUGUUAUUCAUUAAAUAUGCAAAAAUAUUGUGUUAAAUUCUCUACCUUUUUGGUCGUUACUACAGUUUAUUUAAAAUUUUAUUUGUUUACAAAUGCAGGGAUACAACAUGUGUAAAUAGAACCGUAAUGCGACAAACAAAAGAUACUUCUCGGAUCUCUUGGCAUCGCCUACCUUCCCCUCCCGCUAUGAGCAAGAAGAGGAGUGGAAACAAACUGUUGCACUUGAGUCAGUCUUACACGAGCAGCAAUGCCAUUAACACAGGAAUUUAUUUGAUCACUCGUUUGGUAACUCACUUACGUCUGUGCUUAUUGAGAUUGCUGUCCAAACAUUACUGUCUGCCUUGGUUGUAUGUAAUAUUUUAUUGUAAAGUUUUAUAUAAUGUUACUGGUUACUAAACAUACGUUUCAAGUCAUAAUUUCCUCACAAAUAUGUAUACAAACUUAUUUCAGAUGUUCAUAAAUUGAAAAGUCCUUGUUUAGGUAUGUUUGGAGAAUCUGUUAUGAACAAAGUCUAAUUUAUGGCAUAGUUAAAACAUUUAACAGUGCAGAUAAUUUACUGAAGUGCUCAAGUAUUUAUUCAACACAUUUGCCACUUCAGGACAUUUAAAAAGCAGUAAAUAAUUACCACUGUGUAAACAAGAAAAAUUUUUAUAAAGUAAUUUUUUGUUGGCAUACUUUUUACAAAAAACAAGAGAUUAACUUUCAUCCUAAUUGGUAGUUACCCAGUUUUGAAUGCCUUCUUUAGGAAUGAUGCUGUAGGGUUUUCAACUGAACACAAUUUUUUUCCCCCAGAUAAAUUUGACGGUAAUUUAUUUUUCACAUACAUUAAAAGGUUUUCAAAAUAUAAUUGAUGUUACCUCCAGAUGGAUUUUGAGUCGCCAAUGUUGGGACCGAUUCUAUUAGAGAAAAAUAUCUCACAGAUUUCUCUGUCUAAUUUAUUUUGUGUAUUGUAUUUACAAAAGGUUCUCCCCUGCGUAUGGGUUGCACCUUUAAUUUUGAGCAUAAAUAUCAAAAAAAUUUCAACUUACGGGUCUUUCUUGAAUAAAGGUUGCACAUAUCUUCACUAGAGUUCCAUGGAUACAAGUGAAGUUUUUGUGUUCUGUGGCUCAGUUAGCAUAAGAAAUGUUCAUACUCCAGUCUUCUUUUUCUGUAGAAGGGUGUGAGGUGGCCCACUUCUCUCCCUUCCUCCCCACCCUCCAUAUUUUGGACCCCCUAAUUCCUGCGCUAUCGGACAAAAAUCAAAGGAGAAGCCUUCUAUUUUUUUUACCCCUAUUUACCUUCCAUCUAUGGUAUUUUAUUUUUUACCUAUUCUUGCCACGGAGGGAAAAAGAAGAGGUGGCAAGCUACUAUUGUCAGUUCUUUCUAUAAAAACUAUCACUCGCAUUACCAGAAAACUUUUGCAGGGCUGGAGGAAUGUAAAAGAUGCACUUAUAAACAUCAACAGUGGCUGCAGUUAUGUUACAGAAUGUUUAGCUGAAAGUGUGGAUUCUCUCAUGCAAAAGCAAUGUUUGGGCACAAUUGCAUCAUAAAUGAUGAGAGGGAGGGAGAACCAUCAACACUUUCACAUGGAGUCACGCACACAUAUUCGUUCUCUUGUGCCGUGUGGCUGGUUUAAUAUUUGAUUUUCCCCCCUCUAUCCUCGCUAUCGCAGCGCAGCAGACACGGUACAAGUAUAAUAACUGUGUGUUUCUCGGAGUUUCACACUACUGCAGAGAUGUUUUGAUUGAACAAAUACUUACUCGUGGAGUUAUAUUCAUUAACAACUAACAUAGGUUAGUUAUGCAAAUAUUCAACCACACAAUGCAAUAUGUUUUUAUUUUAAACCCAAAUUGUAUUACUUGCAUAAGUGUCACACUAAAUAUUUUAAAAAAUAAAAUUCGGCAUAAAAUGGGCGACCCAUGCUCCAGAAAAUAUGGUUAUCUGUUUUCUUUACCUGAGUGUCAAAAAAUGUAAAUUGGUUUUGCUCUUUCCCUUUUCUUCUUGUCAGAAUUUUUUUCUGUUGAUGUUGAAACACCUGUUGCAUUACUAGUUGUUUUAACAGCUAGGUCUGUAACUAACUAACUGUCUGUAGCUAACUGUAUGAAGCUUCAACCAAGCUAAUCAAUCAAAGUUCUUUUUAAUAUUUGAUUUGACUUUGCCAGGAAAUUUUCUAUUAGUUUUAUUUGAAGCUUCAGUUGUGCAAAGCUUUGUGUCUGAACUAAAACUUUUUAAGUCUAAGAUUCGCUCAUUCAAAUGUUUAGGGAUUUUUUUGUGUUGUAUAUACCGUAUUGGCCCGAAUAUAAGGCGACCCCGAAUAUAAGGCGACCUGCAGUUUCAGGAGGCCAAACAAAUGUAAAAAUAAUUUUUGGUAGAAAUUAAUGUGAAAAUUCAUUAGACAUACAUUUUGUGUUGAUAAAUCGUUUUUGCAUUUAUGUAUAACAAUUAAUUUAUAUUUAUCACUUUACUUAUUUAAAAUAAGUUUGAAUGGCCUACCCUAAAAGUCAAAAGAAAACAAUUAGAAAAUAUUUACACUUUUAAAUAUUACACUAGAAAUUUUUUCGUGUUUACUCUAAUGAAGCUGCAUAAUUGUCAUCUUCAGAGCUGUUUAUUUGUCUAGAGCUCGUUCCCCGCCGUUCCACCCAUGUGUGAUUGUUGAUUUUUCACAGUUUACUGUAUCUACGAAUUUAAAAUUUUUACAAUGGCUAUUAAUCACUCUUAAAAUACAGCAUUUAACUUUCCGUUUGACUUAAGCUACGUAUUACCACAGAACAAGGUGUAUUACUAUUUAGUAGUGUGUUUAACGUAAAAAAAGCAAACAAAUAAUGCAUCUUGCCGGAACAAAACAAGUGGCUAGCUGACAUGAUGAAGCAUACGGCCAUGAAUAACUUCGGUUACGUGACCGCGUAUAUUUGUCCAUAUUACUCUCUGACAGAGAGAGUCUGUUCUAUGAAUUUGAAAGAAUAAUCUAUUAUAAUUAUGAAAGGUUUUUACAUAAAUAAAGAGUGGAUUAUUAAAAUAGCUUUUGAAGCAACGUACCAAAUUCCUGUUAAUAUGGCGUCUUCGAGCGUGUUCGGCAAUGUUCGUUUUACAACAAAGAAAUAUUGUGGAAAGACAGUUGGCAGCCGUGAAUUUCCAUACAUUACAUCCGAAAUGUUUGUAAACGUAAACAAUCGUUCUGAAAAUAACUGUGAUAUUUUAGUACAAAUAUUUCAGUUAAAAAUCUGAAGAUAAAUUACCGUAAAUGUUAACACGCGAUUGUACACAAAGUACAAAUAUGAAUUGUGAAAUAAAAGGUUGCCAUUUUGAGAUGCUUCAACAUUCACGUUUUUACUCAAGAACAAAUAUUUUAAUUUUCAACUUCAAACAAUUGUAAAUUACUGCAAUAUUAGGUGGAUUUAUUGUUUUUACCGUGUGAGGUAACAAAGUUUUAGUUAAUAUAAAAAAUCGUGAACGUUUUGUUAAACAAUGUUUCUACUGUAGCUUUCAGCUUGGAACUAAUGUUUGCGGUUCUGACGUCUUGGGUGCGAAAAUAAGGCGACUUCCAAUUUUUGCAUCUCUCGUUUAUGUAAAAAUGGUCGCCUUAUAUUCGGACCAAUACGGUAUUUUGCUUGAAUAAAGUUGAUUACUUUAAAAAAUCAGAGUUAUUUUAUAAUUUUAUUGAAUGAUAUUAUACAUAGUCCAAUUGAGACAUUUAAUCAGUUGAAACAUUACAAAUGUUAAACAAUUUUUUUAUAAGAGAAGUGUAUUACAGCUUCACUGAGAACAAUGUUCAUAAUUCAAUUCGAAAUAGUAAAUAUUUUAAGAAUUCAUUUUGAUGUUCUCUUCGCUCAAAAAACUAGUAUCCACACAGGCCUAGGUUUAUUAUAUGUCAAAAUUUCACUAAAGUGUGUUGCAGCAUUGUAAACUACAUCUCCAGUGGUUCUCUCCGCAGUGUUUUACCCGAAAUAAUACACAAUUUAAAUUCUGAUGUAAAAGCCAAUACAUAAAUCAGAUAAUGUUUGUACCCCCAGACAUGUUUGCAAAUUAUUUUAUCAGCUAGGAGUCAGCUGCUUGAUUAAUCCCCUCUCCUUUCUCUUCACGUGACCAGCAGUGACAUUGGGGUCUGUGCAUUUUCUUUUGCCUCUUAUCACCUUAUAAGUGCUAACUUGAUUUAUGAGUAUGUAUUGGAAUCCAUGUGAAUCCUACAAAUUUGUGCCUGACAGCCUGUCUUGUGCAUAUUAUAGCAAAUAUCAGCUUUUUUUUAUUAGCUUGUGUGUUUACAUCUACUAGCUAACAAAUGCAUUUGACUAUAUGAAAUAUGAAUUUUAUUUCAGCUAAUUUGUAUUAACUAAAUGUGGGAAUUUUUUGCUGUUAUUCCACAAAAUGAAUAAUUGGCACAAGAAGUUAGUGUAAUAUUUAUUUUGUACAUGUAAUUUGCACAAGAGUUUGCAUGGAUGUCAGAACAAAGACAACAUUAACACCAUAGGACCGAACAGACAAUGAUAUUAAAAGUAUGAAAGUCAAUUAUAUUAACAGAAAAAAAAUUUAGACAGUAGUGUUCAAAUACAUGUAUCAUAGACCUAGCUCGGCACCACAAAUUUGAGGUGAACAAGUAUUCUAUCUUUUUUUAAGACAUUUACUCCUUGAUUUAUGUAAAUAUCUGCCAUUAAAUAAAUUAAUAUAUUUAUCGUGAAA